AUGGGCCUCUAUUGCAUACUCGAGAAGGCUUCGACAGCCAAUGUCUUUGCCGGAAGCUUGAUACUCAUCCUCGCAUACAUCGCCUCAACUGCGAUAUACAGGCUCUAUUUCCAUCCUUUGUCGAGUUAUCCUGGUCCCUUUUGGGCCCGUUUGACGGUGAUUCCCUCUUAUUGGCACACUUUGCAACGUGAUCGUCACAUAUGGCUUUGGCGCUUGCAAGAGGAAUACGGCCCCACCUUCCGCUACCGCCCAGACAGCGUCCUAGUCAAUACCCCAACUGCGUAUCGAAGUCUCUUCGGCCCCAAGGGCAACGUGAAGAAAGGAGUAUACUACGAAGUAUGGCCUCGCAACGUGGAUGCCGUAACAACGUGGAGCAGUGUCGACCUAAAUGUUCACAGCCGGAAGAGACGUGUGCUGAACCAGUCUUUCUCUGCUGAAGCGUUGAAGUCGGCAGAGCCGCUUGUACUCGCGAACACGAAACGCUGGUGUGAGUUGAUCGCACUGGAGAACAACCAAGCAGGCUGGUCACAGUCGCUGAACAUGGCAGAAUGGGUCAAUUACUUGGUUUUUGAUAUCCUGGGCGACCUCUGUUUCGGUAAAUGCUUUGACAUGAAGGAGCCCGACAGCGGCCUGCGUUUCGUUCCGCACCUCAUGGCUGAGUUCUUAGUACUGAUGCACCCGAUCGCGUACUCCCCGUUUGCAGAGCUUUGGGCAUGGUUGAAGCCUCGUGGACUUGACCAAAUCUUGACAUUCAUCUCCCCACCAGCGGUGAAGAACUGGCAGGCUUUCGUGGAGGAAUGCCUGGCCAAGCGCACCCAGGCAGAGAAAUCGGGCAACCUGAAAGGACGGAAGGACUUCUUCCACUACCUGUUCCAUGCAGUUGAUCCCGAGACAGGCAAGCGCGGCUUCCCCCUAGAGGAGCUCUACGGCGAGGCCGAGGCACUGAUUAUCGCCGGAGCGGAUACUACUGCGAUCAUCAUAUCCGCCAUGUUCUUCUAUCUUGCUCGCAACCCGACUAUCCAGGCGAAAGUGGCCAGUGAGAUCCUAGCCACCUUCUCAAGUUCGGACGAGAUCACCACGGGCCCCAAACUAGGGAGUUGCACAUACUUGCGUGCCUUUAUCCAGGAGGCCCUGCGUAUGACACCAGCCGUCAGCGCGGAACCGUCUCGUCGGGUCAUGAAAGGGGGCACACAUGUCGAUGGACACUACUUUCCCGAGGGGGUGAACGUGAGUGUCGGUUUGUACUGCUUGAGUUAUAGUAAGGACAUUUUCCAGGACCCGUUCACAUUCAAGCCGGAGCGUUGGAUUGUGGGUCAAGACGGGUCUACGAAGGAGAGCGUUGAGCUGGCUGAAGCUGGGUUUUGUUCCUUUUCAUACGGAUCGCGUGGUUGUCCAGGUAAACAGCUGGCAUGGAUGGAAAUGACAAUUGUUAUGGCAAAGGUUCUGUUCGAUUUUGAGAUCAGGCCCGAUUUCAUGAACGAUCUUGGGGCAGGAUCCAUGAACGCGAAGGUCGGACGCAGAGCGGCUGGCCAGUACCAGACAUACGAUGCCUUUGCUGCCUUGGUUGAUCGCUUGCCAAUUGGAAUACUACGACAGCUGAGACAACGUGAGCUGUACUUUGGCGCCUCAAAACGCAAAAAGCAAAAGCCAGCAACUCUUGCCUUGAGACGAUGUACGGUCAUGCUGGCUGUUCAAUCACACUUCUACGAUGUCGCUGGGAACAAUUUUCAGAUCUGCACUGAUAAGAUUAGAAGCUGUGAAGAUGCUCUGCUGAUCGAGUCUGCCGGUGUUGCACUGCUUCCGUGCGACCCCGGAAGGGAGAGAUGGAACAGCGUAAUGGGUUUCUUCGUUCCUGGACCAGUCCCAAGGGGCGAGUUGUAUGCCUAUGACUACAAGAACUCUGGUGCACCUGAUUCAGAAUCCCUGAAACGCUUUGACUUCGUGGAUUAUGCCCCUGGCGAGGACUUUCACUCCCUCGGAAUGGGGUACAAUGAGGACUCCUCGACACUGCUAGUGGCAAACAACCGACACGACGGCCCAGCGGUAGACAUCUUCAAGCUCGACUUCGAAGCCUUGACUGCCACCCACGUCCGUUCUAUCAAACAUCCUCUCAUCCAUGGACCCAACGCUAUUGUUGUCAGAAACAGCAAAGAGUUCUUUGUAACCAAUGACCACUUCUUCCUCAUGGCCAAGAGCCGCCUCUUGUCACAGGCGGAGACUUAUCUUGGCUUGCCUCUCGGUACCGUCGUUCAUGUGGAUAUCUCAGACGCUACCAUGGUUACUGCCAAUGUUGUGGCUCGUGUUCCAUUUGCCAACGGAAUCGAGCUGCUGAAUGAGACGACUUUGGCCGUAGCAUCGACGAGCUCAGGAUCUGUCAAGCUUUUUACCGUCACCAAUGACGCUGAGCCCGGCUCAACACCUAAGCUAUUAUACCAUUCCAGGAUCGCCCUCCCGUUUAACGUCGAUAAUCUGUCCCUCUCAUCAGAUGGGCGACUGAUAAUGGCAGGGCAUCCGCAUCCCCCCAGUUUGGUUAAGUUUGCUGCAACCCGCUACAUCUGUAAUGAUCCCGCCGAGUUUGCUGCUGCGGAUCAGGCUACGCAAGAAUACUGUAGAACUGGGAAGACGUGCUCUUGGGUUUCAGAAUGGUCGGAGACUGAUGGAUUGAGACACCUGUACGCUGACACGGAUUAUCCAUCAAGCGCCACUGCCGCUCUGGAUGCAGAGCGCAAAGUUGGUAUCAUUGCUGGACUGUACGCAAAAGGUAUUCUUGUUUGGAGGGAAUAA